CUUACGAAAAGCGAAGUAAUUUUACCAAAAUACGUGUUUAAAUAUCGAUAUUAGGUAUUAGUACUUAAUAUAAUAUUAUUAGUUACUUUUUUGGCACGUAUGACGUACGAGUCUGUUAUUUAAAAAUAUAUUUUUUUUAUUUUAUUUGACGAUUAUUUUAUUAGUUUUUAAUCAGUGCAAAAGUGUUUUUAUUAUCUUAUAAAUAAAGUGAUUAAUCGUACGUUUCCUGUGUGAUUAGUUUAAGUGAUAAAAUUGUGAUUGUGAUAAUUGCAAGUAUUUUUGGAGAUACCCGCUUUAAGUGUUGAGGAAUGUAGUCAGCUAGGAGAGUGACAUAACAGCAUCCUCCGGCGACCAUCAAAUUCUAUUUGCUUGGACACUAUGUGAACACGACAAGAUGCUGCUCAAACUGUGCAAAUCAUGCCAGUACUGUCUGGAGACAAUGUACUGGAACUGCUGCGAAGAGAGAUUCUGCUUCGACAAGAAAAUCGCGACAUACAAACUAGAAGAAGAUGCGCCUCAUAGCAACGGCUACGUGAACACCGGAGCCAGCCUCGAGAGUGUGGUGACGGAACAACCAGUCAACAACAACCACCUUCCACCACGAGCCAUCACCGGCAGAGAGAUCAACGAACUGCCAUUGCAUGCUGAUAAACUUUAUGAGGUAUUUUCAAAAUCUCUAAUAUUUAGAGACGAUCACGAGUUGAAAGAUAAAACAGAAAGCACGAACUCUCUCGACGAGCUGGAGACUAAAUCAGAACCUGACUAUCUGUCUGAUAGACCUAAUAGAACUAAAGUGUACUUCGAAGAUGAAAUCAACUCUCCAGUUACCGACUUCGAAAUCAUGUUCAAAGAUGAGUUGCUGGCAAACCACAACAUGUUCAAGAUUGAAGAAGAAGAAGAGAGUGACACACAAAGCCAAGAUACAGAAGAAGGACUAACAAUGAAAGACAAUAUUGUAGCAAUUAAGAAACAGGAUGUUAUCAAACCCAGUACUAUUACUAUUAAGGAUGAAACAAAGAUCACAACGCUAAGUCCAAUAUACCAGUACGAUCCAGUAUCCUCUAUGGCCUUACCAUCAGCUUUCUCCUUACCAAGAGUGGAGAGUGUGAAAGGUAUCUUGAGGUUAAGAGGGGACAAUGAGUUCCCAAGAAGUAACAGCUCCAAGAAUUUAGAAAGAAUUGAUAGCAGUGGCAAGCUGACUAAAACCAUCAGCAGAGUCGAUAGUUUGAAGAACAUAGAUCCUAACAAAUUGAAUAAAGUGCUGUCGAGGGUACCACAAAGGAGUGCUUCGUUCUUGAACAUUCCUGAACAUUUGGCACCUGAGAAACCGCCUCUAGUUAAGAGUAAAUCCAUGGUAGGAGUGAUGUCCGCAACAGAAGAAUUGAAGCUGAGUCAGUUGCCUGAUACUCCUAUUAUAAGGAGUAAUAAUUUGCCAAGGUUCUUUGCUGAUACUCCACCUCCUCCAGAAUAUAAGGGUGAAACAAGUUUGCAGAGCAUCAAGCAGCAGUCAGCGUUGAUGUACCAAGAAGAUUUUAGUAUGCCUAGAUAUUAUGGGACUAUGUCGAAAUCGACAGAACAGCUGUCAGUGCAUGAGAGCAAAUCGAUGCCGGAUUUGAGAAACCCGACCAAUUCUUCUGGAAGGGUCAGUAAAAGACUCGUCAAACUCCGAAGCAGGUUAAAGCCAUUAGUUAUAAAGAAGAAUUCGAAUGAGAAAUUGUGAAUUCUAUAAAAUGACCUGAAGUGCCUUUGUAAGAUAGUAUUAAUAAAAAAUCUUUCUGUAAGUAUUUAAAGAAUUUGAAUUUGAAAGAUCUCUGUACAGUUGUAAAGAGUUUUUGUGACUUACACCUCUUUUAUUCAAACAAAACUAUGACUCUAUUUUUUUAUUACAUAGUAUUACAAUGUGAAAAUAAGUUAU